AUCCAGUGCUGGAGCACCAACAACAACAUGGGCUUCUGGUGGAUCCUGCGCUUCCCCGUGUUCCUGGCCAUCCUGAUCAACUUCUUCAUCUUCAUCCGCAUCAUCCAGAUCCUCGUCUCCAAGCUCCGGGCGCACCAGAUGCGCUACACGGACUACAAGUUUCGGCUGGCCAAGUCCACGCUGACGCUGAUCCCGCUGCUGGGCAUCCACGAGGUGGUGUUCGCCUUCGUCACCGACGAGCACGCCCAGGGCACCCUGCGCUACGUCAAGCUCUUCUUCGACCUCUUCCUCAGCUCCUUCCAGGGCAUGCUGGUGGCCGUGCUCUACUGCUUCGUCAACAAGGAGGUGAGCGCGCGGGGGCUGGCCGGGGCUCCACGCGUGGGAGCAGCCAUGGGGCACCCCAUGGCCGUGGGGCCGGCGGCUCCCGGCGGGCGCGCGCAGGGCCCGGCCCCCGCGCACCCCGGGCUCCGCGGUCUGGAGCGCCCCGGCGCCGCCGAGCACCUGGGCGGCCGGCACCACUGCUACGAGUUCCCCGAGAGCACGGCCGAGAGCAACUUCUGA